CGCCCACCGAUGCCGGGCAAGUGACGUUCGAGGGCCCCGGGUUAGUGGCGUAGUUACCCACCCCGUCCUUCCUUCGUCUCAUCCGGUUGCCCGGGAGUGUCCUGCCUCAGCGCCCGACCUGCGGCCAUUUUGGGCUUUGCUUCCACCCGUGUCCGCUUGCUUACCCGAGCCUUCAGUUGUCGCGCUGCGAAGGGGCAUUUUAACAGUUCGUCUCUUGUGGAAAGUCGCCGCCGCAGCGGGAGGCCUUCUAUCUAUGGUGGUGAGACCUCAAGUGGAUUAGGACACCUCCUCUGCUAGGAUGGAUUUCGCCUCAGCUGCCGCGUUCUGCGCUUCUCGUUCCGGACUUUGGUCUGCCGCUUGCUGCCGAACCCGUUUUCCUCUGGGGCUCCUGUAUUGGCCCGGGGAUCGGCCUGGAGCACCGAUUCCGCCGCUAGGCAAGGCCGAGACUGUUUAGGCCGCUUUCGAAUCUCGUCCGACCUCCAGCGGCUGAACUCCGGUACCUGAGAGAUUGCCAAAAAAAAAAAAAAGGAGAUGGAGCCGAGAGCAGAGGGUUCGCGGAAACGGUCUGCCCCACCGGCGGGCUCCGGGUUCCGAUUGUCCUUCCUUUUCCCUCGGCGAUCACGACCAGGCUCUUCUUCCAAUUUCCCAACACCUGCUGCCCCAGAAAACUGCGGGAACCCUCACCUGGCUUCCUCCCCCCAGCCCGAGGUUCGGACCAGCUACUGGAUGAAGCUGCUUUCCCAGCUCUUCGCGCCUCUUCCCACCUUGCUUCAGAAGCUGCUGAUUUGGAGCCAGGUUUUCGGUGGGAUGAUUCCCACCAGAUGGCUAGAUUUUGCAGGAGGCUACAGCGCCCUGAGAGCCCUGAGGGGACGGAGGGAGCCAGCCACCUCCACAGCGCAGAAGUCGGUGAGCUCGCUGGGACUCGACCCCUCCGACGACUCCACUGCCAGGCCCCUUGAUUGGCUAGAGGAGGGGAUCCUCUGGCAGUGCUCGUCCCCAGAUCUAGAAUUGGAACUUAAAGCCGAGGGAAGUGUUUUGGACCCCGCAGCCCACGCCUUUCUUUUAAAGCAACAGAUGUGGGGAGUGGAGCUGUUGCCCCCUAGCCUUCAAACUGGUCUGUUCUCCGACCGGGAACUUGGCUCUUCGCCCUCAGGGUCUCUAGCCAUUCAGCCCUUAAGCAAUUUCAACGUUGUCUCCUGUUUGGUGAACACCUCCUAUCUGGACUGCCUUCCCUCGGUAGAGCUCAGCUAUAAGAACAGCUUUGGAAGGGGCGAGCUAGUCGAUAUCCAGACACUAACCCCAGAUAGCGGCAAUCUGACCGAUGACCAUUGUCAUCCCCAGCCACUAAGUACAGAGGUCACUCGAGCCUCCUGGCAGGCAUGUCCACCUCUUUCUAGAGAAGGCCUGCCAGAAAUCCACCAUCUUCGCAUGAAACGGCUGGAAUUCCUUCAGCAGGCUAACAAGGGGCAAGCGUUACCCACUCCUGACCAAGAUCAUGGCUACCACAGUCUGGAGGAGGAAUACAACCUCCUACGGCUUGACCUGAAACAUUGCAGAGAUAACCCAGCACAGUUUGUUCACUCUGCCGGAGCCAUUCCUGGAACUGCUCAGGAAGAAAAAAUGCAGUUGUUGACUAAAGAGGUUCCAUUUACUUUGGAAAAACAGGACCCUUUGGAAAGCUUUCCAUCUUGUGAGGUAUCUGUGGCAAGAGAGCCUGGACAGGACCAAAUAAGUGUAGUGGAGUACUCAGACAUAGAAGAAGACUUUCCCAUUUCUGCCAGACCAGGUUGUAGUAACAAACUGAUAGAUUACAUUUUGGGAGGUGCAUCCAGCGACCUGGAAACAAGUUCUGAUUCUGAAGGUGAUGAUUGGGAUGAAGAAGCUGAGGAUGAUGGUUUUGAUAGUGAAAGCUCACUUUCAGAAUCAGACUUUGAACAAGACUCUGAAGGGCUCCACCUUUGGAACUCUUUCUACAGUGUAGAUCCUUAUAACCCCCAAAAUUUUACAGCAACAAUUCAGACUGCUGCCAGGCUUGUUCUUGGAGACCCUUCUGAGUCAGAGAAGGAUUUGUCUGACAAGUCUGAUCUAGAGAAUUCUCUCCAGACUGGAAGCCUUCCUGAGUCCUCUGACCAUACUUCUGGAGAGGAAGAUGACUGGGUGUCUAGUGCAGAUGAAGCAGAGAAUCUCAAACUGUGGAACUCUUUCUGUAAUUCCAAUGAUCCCUACAACCUUUUAAAUUUUAAGGCUCCUUUUCAAACAUCAGGGAAAAAUUGGAAAGGCCAUCGUGACUCAGAGAGACCGCUUGAAUCUAUUGUGGCUGUUUCUGAGUGUCAAGCUUUACUUUCUUGUAAGGUACGACUGUUUGGGAGCCAAGAAAGUGAAUGUCCAGACUUGGUACAGUGUGGAGUUCUUUCUGGAGAAAGGCAUGUGCAUAUCAAAAGGAAGAAGGUAACCUUUCUUGAAGAAGUUACUGAGUAUUAUAUAAGUGGUGAUGAGGAUCGCAAAGGACCCUGGGAAGAAUUUGCACGGGAUGGUUGCAGGUUCCAGAAACGAAUUCAAGAAACAGAAGAUGCUAUUGGAUAUUGCUUGACAUUUGAGCAUAGAGAAAGAAUGUUUAAUAGACUCCAGGAAACAUCCUUCAAAGGACUUAAUGCUUUUGAGCAAUGUUAAAAUGAUUUGACAGCCUCUAGCCCUAGCAUAUGCUACCUCUCACUUGAGAGGUUUCUUUUAAAAACAAAAAUUGGCAGCUGCCCUUUGACAUUUUUCUUUAGAGGAAAUGCAUCUUGGAUCCAUUAACCUAGAUUAAUAUUUUUUUUUGCAACGUGUCCCACUCAGAAUUAACCGGGUUUGAAGCCUAGCCCUGAUAAUGAAGGAUGAGAUGAUGUGAUUAUUUCUAGUCCUUCCUUUUUUGAAGGCGUUUCUUUUAUGGUUUAGUUGGGUGUGUUUGUUGAAUGCCAUUUGCUUGCUGAGAUGAAAAGGGGACCUUUUAAGUUUUAAUGUUGCACUUUCAAAUCUUAUUUUCUUGGGAAACAAUAUUUAUAGGGUUCAGAGCCCAUUUUCAUUUCUAACUUAAAUUAUGUAUACCUGUCUAAAAACUUUGGGGUUUUUCUCCCUAACCCACCUCCAACAUUUAGAAAAUUAAUUGGUUUUUAUUUUUUCUCUGUAUUUUUUAUUUCAGUAAUUUGUCCCUUCUACCUUAAGGCUAAGAAAAUAAUCUUGUAUAUGCUACCAACUUAAAAUACAUUAUCAUAUGUCCCUUUUUUUUUUUUUUUUUUUAAGUAACUUUGGUUGAAAAUGUUUGGUGGAUUUCUAAGUUAAGUUCUACCUAAGAUAUUUCCAAGGUCUGUCACAAAACCUAUUUGUGCUGUACUCUUUACUAUUUUGGGAAAGCUGCAUAUUGCCAAAUUUUAACAUCUAAUAUAUUUAAUUUCUGUGCAGACAGCUCUUUGGGGAGGGUUCAGUAUAUGUCAUUGUAGUUCUCAGUUGACGGUGGUUAUCUGUAUCUUUCAACAAGUAGAAGUUAUAAAAGACUCCAGAAAGUAAUAAUUGCAUCAUAGGAAUUUGUUUUUUAAAUUUAAAAUCCUAGAAUUUUCCUAGAGAGAAGAUUGGAGACAUUUCUGAGCAAUUUGGUUUUGUUGUAUAAGCUCGCAACAGAAGACCAGUGUUAAACCAAUAUCAUGCCUCAGCACUGUCACUUUUAAAACCUGUCAGGGUGACACUGUAAAUUUGAAAAUGGGCUGUUCUGAAUUUUCCAGUUUGAAAUGUAAAAUACAGACAUCAGACACUAUUCAAGUUUGUUGUGUUUCACUAUCUUAAUCAUGGGAGAUGUAAUGAUGGGGCCAGACUCCUUUCAGGAAAGAAUAGAACUAUAGAUUUAACAGCUAUAAGUCUUAUUAUCUUUAGUCCAAAGUUUACUUUUGAGUCGAAGGCUUUGCAGUGAUUGGUUGUGCUUGGUUAAUUUGUUUAGCUCUACAUGGUGUGCAUGUUAGAUUGAAGGAAUAUUAUCCAAGUCUUUAAUGGAAUUAUUUUUCCUCCAUGUACCUCCUGUCACAGGUAAUGGAAGACAUGAGUAGAAUAAAUGACCUCUUAAUAUUGAACUUAUUUCAGUAAGAGAAUGAAUUUUUCAUCAGAAGUGCUUGCAGGGUUACUACCUCAGUUUAUAAUCUACCUGGUCAUUAUUUUAUUUCUAGCUGAUUUGCUCUAAGAACCGCCUCCAGUGUUAAUAUAUAUAUUCAUACAAACACACACUGAGAGUGCAACACCACAAAAAUUGGUCAGAUUUUUGCAGAGCCCUUAUUCUACUAAUUUUGCACACCUCCAGGCUAGGAAAUGGUUUCACAGAGUCUGGUAUAAUACCGUGAAAACAGGCUAGUUUCAAACACUGUCUAUGUCAACUGGAAAGUAGGUAUCACUUGCCUUGAAAAAAGCUUUUUAAAAAUGUAUGGUCAUUCUUUUAAGACCAGACUGAGCAUACUAUUUUAUUUCAGAGACUUAGGUCAUGUUUUCUGUUUCUGAAAUCUAGCCCCUCUGCAUAUUUGAAAAUAAUGGGGCAUCUUUACAGUCAUUGGAUUUUGGAAAAUUAUUGCCAUGGGAUUCAAACCUCAUGAAAAAAAGCUUGGUUGAGAAUUCUCCCAUAUAUUACCCUCCUUUAAAAAGAAGUUGACAGAUGGUGAUGAGAAAGACAGGAGGGACCAUUUUUAAGUUGAACCGAAAGAGAAAAACAAGAAUUGUCAGUUUCAACCUAAUCCUAGUUAGAACAAAGUUAGAUCCCCACAACCUUAAAAACAAAAUCCUAGGAGGUUUUGAUUGAACAUUUUGCAAUUUAAAUUCUUGUAAUGGUGCUUUAAGUGUCAAUGUAGCAUGUGAAAGACUUUGUACAGACAGGUAAAAUUUCCAUUUCUGAAUGUUGAAAUGUGAAAACAGCACCCCUUCAUCUUUAACUUAAAAUCAAAACUAUCAGAUUUUAUUUUUUUAUAAUUUAAAGAAGGUGAAAUUGGGGGACUGGAAGACUUCUAAAUUGGCUUCUACAGAUACAGUGAUUUAAAUGUAACCAGUUGGGAUUUUAUAGCUAAAAUCAUAUUUGUGUAUAAAACUGUUUAACCAAUCUGUAAAUUGUAAUAAAUAUAUUUGCAGUUAUUGAAUGGUA